AUGGUGAACACGGGAAAGCCAUCACAAGGUUGUUAUAUGUGCCGGGCCCGACGCAUCAAGUGCGAUGAGGCGAAACCCAAUUGCAUGCGAUGUCAGAAGUCAAAGAGAAUAUGUCCUGGCUAUCGAGAUGCGUUCGAGCUCAAUCUUCGAGACGAGACAAAGUCGACGAAGAAGAAAAUAUCCCGCUUGUUUAAUCACAGGUCAUUUCUGGAAGGCGUAAGCCAACUUCAGAGUCCCUUCGACCUGGUCAAUCCCUCACCAACCACAAUUUUUACGCCUAUGACCGCCACCAAUCUUGAAUCAUACAACUCACAUAUUCCAUCAGCUCAGACAUGGCAAUUUUCCAAAGGUCACCUAUCAUCAUCAUCUAGCAGCAGCGUUUCCAGUCUAGGUAGCUUUGCAAAUGGGUUAACGGGACACCUCGACCAGAGAGCAAAUCACUCUCCAUAUCUUGCAUAUCAUCCCGGGUGCAUAUUUACUCAUCUCACUGUUCCGGCAGAUCAACAGGCGGCUUGUUUUUUCCUGUCAAAUUUUGUGGUCGUCCCGCAGCCAGGGACCCUUCGAGGAUAUCUAAGUUUCAUCUUACCCUUUCUUGGAAGCGAACAGAUGAGUCCGGCGGUGAAGUCCGCUUUCUCCGCUGUAUCUCUUGCGGCUUUUGGGGCCCGACCUAAUUCUAAGUCGUUACUUCCAAAAGCUGAUACUUCAUAUUAUACAGCGUUGAAAGAGAUUAACGCUACAUUAAAAAAUCCAAGAAUGGCCACGGAUGACUCUACCUUAGCCGCGAUUUUGAUGCUGUCGACGUUUGAGCAAAUCAUGGCGCCCAGAAAGAGUCAUGAAGGAUGGGCUUCGCAUAUCGAUGGCGCUAUAGCUCUGCUUAAAGCUCGGGGGCCAGAAAGCUUUCAAAAGCCAGAAGGACAGGAGACGUGGAACACAGUCAGAGCGCUAAUGGUCGUCCAACGGAUAACGCGCUCCAAGCACGUAGAUGUAAGCGAGGAAUACUGGAUGUCAGUUCCAGCAAAAGACGAAUGCUCCAAUGCCUUCGCCCGCUUGAACAUCCGAGUAGCAAAUCUCCGUGGCGAUUAUAGUGAAAUAGCAGCACACCCAUCUCGUACAGCAGCGGAUUAUGAUGCUGUAUUCGAUUUAUUACAACGAGCCAAAGCGCUUGAACAGGAUUACGCGAAUUGGUUCGACACACUAGAAGGCCCAUGGGCUGUUACACCGGUAAACUGGAUUGACUACCCAAUUUCGGAUCUCCAGAACUCACUCAUACAUCCUGGACGCGUUGAUGCGUACACGGAAAUGUGGAUGGCAUAUCAUCACAACAUCGGCCGGUCCUCUCGCUUAAUUACAUGGACAACGAUAUUACGCUGCGUGGCAUGGCUUUGCAAUCCCGAAGAUUACAGACUCACAGAAGAAUACGCGACCGCCACUCAAGUCUGUCGAGGACUCAUCGAGGAUAUCGUUGCCAGCGUCCCGUAUAUCUUCGGCUGGAAUAAACAGAACGACGAGCAUAUGGCCGACCGAUCAAGUUUUGCUUGCGGGACUACCGACUCCCCAAAUGUCAAGUCGUUAUGGGCUAUCUUUGUCAUGUGGCCUAUUUUCAGCGCUGCAAAUUCGGAUUUCGCACUCCCUUCGGAACGUACGUUCCUGAGGGGGAGAUUGAAGUAUGUUAAUGAGAAUCUAGGCAUUCAUCAAGCUUCUGUGCUGCUUCACAUGCCAGUACAAUUUCCCUCAUCCCUCAUCCAACUCGAAAGACAUCAACUUGCUGUUUAUACUCAUCGCAUGAAGAAAACGGAAGAGACCGUAGUCAGCCAGACAGAACAGAGCAAUUGGCCUGCAAGUUGA